AUGGUGACCAUGGCCAUUGCCAAGUUCCUCCCCGUUGCAGUUCUUGCCAGUCUCGUCGCUGGGCAGACUCUCAAUAUUCCAGCAAGGAGCGGUUCCAUCAUCUCCCUCCCUGCGCCGAGCGUGAUUUCCGGUUCGAAGGACAUGGAAAACAAAGAAUACGACCGAGGACGCGCAUGCGAGACAGACGUCGAGACACCGGGUGGCCAUCCCGUCUUCAUCCUGGAUGACGGCGCGACACUCAGCAACGCCAUCAUUGGCAUUGGCCAAGUAGAGGGUAUCCACUGCAGAGGUGCUUGCACGCUGAAAAAUGUCUGGUUUCGCAAGGUUUGCGAUGAUGCCAUCACGCUCGUCGGAAACGGCGACAUCCUCAUCCAGGGAGGAGGUGCACAGUCUGCAGUCGAAAAUGUCAUUCUGCAUCAAGGCAAGGGGACCGUUACGAUCAAGGACUUCACCGUGGUAGGAUCGAACAGGCUUUACCGUGCUUGCGGUAAUUGCGCAAAUAAUGGAGGGCCUCGCAAUGUUGUCAUUGAGAACGUUAAAGCGAACAACGUGAAGCUUCUCACCGGCAUCAACUCCAACUUCGGCGACGUGUCCACCGUGUCCAACUCAUGCGGCGCAGCGGUUACGAAGGUGUGCCAGGAGUACAAGGGUGUCCAGAAGGGACAGGAGAGUUCGAAGGUGACUACUACGGCUAACUGCAAAGGACAAACAUCUCUCGGCGCAUGUUAA